CACUAUGAAAGUUUUUUUCGAUUGGGUAAGGUUAGAAAAUCCUCUGCAAUCAAGGGGAAGUGGAAACCAGCCUUUGGUGCUUAGAAUUGAAUCCUUGUCACAAAAGUAAAAGGAAAACUUUCAACUACUAGGCCAACCCAUAAAUCUCAUACUCCACUAUGAAAUCUUGGGUUUGUCACUUCUUUUCUUCCAAACCACCUCAAAUUAACGUCUCAUCAAGAGAAAAAAAAUAAAGAAGCUCCUAUUGAUCAUCUAUGAACUUAGUAUUUCAUGUUUGCAUAAGAUUUGGCCAUUUGGGCUACAUAUUAGUAGGUUUGGGUACCAACAAAUCCGCGAGGAGCUGAAAGACUCCCCCCAGGUAGACCGAUAUUUGUAAACGUAGACUCUAUGGUAAUGCCCAAAGAGGAUCUUAGUAGAAAACCCAAUUACCUAGUUGCCUUCACAGUAGGCUAUGAGCAAAGGGAUAAUAUCGAUGUGUGCAUCAAGAAAUCAGACAACUUUAUGAUAGUCCUGUUUCACUAUGAUGGUCGGGUUAUAGAAUGGAACGAAUUCGCAUGGGCAAAGCAAGCCAUCCAUAUCAGUGCAUCAAAACAGACUAAAUGGUGGUACGCUAAACGGUUCUUGCACCCUAGCGUGGUGGCGGCCUACGAUUACAUAUUUAUUUGGGAUGAAGAUCUCGAAGUUGAAAACUUUGAUGCUGAAGAGUAAGCUUAUAGACAUAGACACACCCUUAAGACUCAUCAUGCCAUAUUUAUAAUUGUGCUAUUCGGAGUAACUGUUUAGUCGACUGCAAAUACCUGAAAUUAAUAAGGAAGCACGGACUGGAGAUUUCGCAGCCUGGCUUAGAACCGAAUAGAGGUCUAACAUGGAAAAUGACCAAGAGAAGAGAUCAGGGUGAAGUUCGCAAGUAUGAGGCACUAAAUCUGUUCGUUUUAGCUUUCAGAUCUAUUUGACAAAUGGUUGUUGGUUUGAGCUGUUUGCUGAAACUGUUGGCUGGUUUGACUAGUUGGAAGUAUUGGCUUGUAUGCUAACUGUUAAGUUAGUUGUUUAAUCCAACUAUUAUGGAGAUGUUUGGUAAACAUUAGUAAUUGGUUGUUGGCUGUUUAUUAGAAAGAGGGUCAAAAGCCAAAAGCCAAUUAAAAAGCUAUUGACAACGGCAAUGUUUGGUUUAUGGUUUUUUACUUAUCUUUUUGGUUGGCUUUUUGGCUUUUGGUUUAUUUGUUGGUCAAACAACUAAAAAGAGUGUUUGGUAAAUGGCUUUCAAGCCAAAAUAAAAAAAAAGUUACUCUAAUUAGCUUUUUUGUUGGCUUUUGGCUUGUUGACUUACUUUUUCUUUAAUAAACAACCAACUGUCAGUACCCAAAUUUACAAAACAUCUCCAUCAACAGCUAACUUUUUCAGCUAGUUUAAAAGCCACACAUUUCCAGCUAGUCUAACAAGCCAACUAAAAAGCCAACAGCCAAUUGCCAAACACCCCCAUAGCUUUUUAAUUUUGCCUUAAAAGGCAGUUUUUCAACUGGCUUAAUAGCCAUUCACCAAAUACGUUUUUAGUUGUUUGAAAAAUCAUUUACCGAGCACACCCUUCACCAAUCAUCAAACUUAGCUCCUCGCUAUUGAUAUCUUUGCAUAGUGACCGAAGAAAAGCCUGGUGGUGCCCUGAUACGUUCCUACCCCCAUGUGCCGCGUAUGUAUAAUAAUUCUAUGAUAUUGCUACAUGCUUAUUGGCUAGUUGUUAAUUUAGUUGUUUGAACUUACAAGUUCAUCGAAAUCAUGGCGUCAGUAUUCUCGCGAAACGCAUGGCGUUGUCAUUGUUUAUGGCACAUGAUUCAGGUAGUCCAUUCUUUGUUCUAAUGUUCUUGUUUAAACAAUAAUGGUGUGUUGCUUUAUGACAUUUUAGAAUGAGUUGGUGAUGGAUGGGGGCUUGAUUUUGCUCUAAGGAUGUGUGUGGAGGUUGUUUCA